UGAAGACGCCUCGCGUUCUUUUGUCCUCCUCCGCUGGGUGGAGCGUUUGACAGCAACAGCGGCUGGUACCACCUGCCGACGAUCAUCUGCUGUCGAGCUUUCACGUCAUAUUCAUCGGUUAUAAAGGAAAACCGAGUUGGAGAUGGAGACCGAGAGAGCAGGAGCAGGUGGGGAUGACUCUUUUGGAACAGAACCAGCCAGGAUCUUGGAUACACUUCUCCAUCCUGACCAGCAGAGGUCACCAUCUUCUGGCACUGGUGAUAGUGACGACUGGAGAGAAACCAGUAACUGUCAGUCAGAUUCCAACUCUGUUGAGAAUCCAAAUGUUCACGUCAAAGAGGAGACAGAUGAUGCUGAUGACAAAUCACUGAUCUGCUCUAGAUGUGGGAAGAAAUGCUUGUCAAAGUCUGGACUGACUCAACAUAUGAAAUCCUGUGGCCGCGGACCUUUGACGUGUUUGCUUUGUGGGAACCAUUUUGAUAAGCGACAGAAACUGAGGUACCACAUGGGUAUUCACGCUGGAGAAAAACCUUUCAUCUGCUCCCAGUGUGGAAAGGAUUUUUCACGGAAAAGUCACCUGAAUAGUCACAUGAGAAUUCAUUCUGGAGAAAAACCGUUCUUCUGCACAAAAUGUGGAAAAUGUUUUUCACAGAACGCUAUGUUGAGGAGGCAUAUGAGCAUUCACUCUGGAGAUAAACCUUUCAUCUGCUCCCAGUGUGGAAAGUGUUUCUCACAGAGCGGUAUGUUGAGGAGGCAUGUGAGCACUCACUCUGGAGACAAAUACUUUGUCUGCUCCCAGUGUGGUACAUGUUUUUCCCAGAAGGUUCAUCUGAAUAGUCACAUGAGAAUUCACUCUGGAGAAAAACCUUUCAUCUGCUCUGAGUGUGGAAAGUGUUUUUCACUUAAGUGCAAUCUGAUUAGGCAUAUGAGAGUUCACACUGGAGAAAAACCCUUUAUCUGCUCUGAGUGUGGAAGACGUUUUUCAGAGAAAGGCACAUUAGAGAAGCACAUGAGAGUUCACACUGGUGAAAAACCUUUCAACUGCUCCCUGUGUGGAAAAUGCUUCUCGGAGAAAGGCACCCUGAAGGGUCACAUGAGAGUUCACUCUGGAGAAAAACCUUUCAACUGCUCCCUGUGUGGAAAAUGUUUUUCAGAGAAAAGCACCCUAAAAAAUCACAUCAGGGUUCACACUGGAGAAGCGAAGUGUCUUAAAGAGGUGGGAAAACUCUCAGACAAGACAGAGGGACUUCUAAAAUGAUAUCAGGAGUCCAAGCAAGUUAUUAUCUUCAUCUUUAUGCUUAGGGAAAAAUAUUAUGAGAAGCAGUGCCCUGAAUGUCCAAGUACAACUUUUGAACACAUGUUAAAUCAAAGCUGUAUACUUAAUUUCAGUCGAUACAUUUAUAGUAUCACAGCUGCUUUAAUUCGUGAGUAUUAGAUGUGGGGGGAAAAAUGAUUGCAAUAUAUUGCGCACUCUCUCUCUCAAUACAUAAUGGACACACUUAGAGCAAAUAUCAAUAUUUCACACACACAGUGGAUUAGCCAGCAUUUUUAGUUGUUUAAAUUCAAAAUCUGUAUUUCCUGUUCACAAACGUAUCCUACUACACCUGUUUUCCCUGAAUCGUCUUUGCCCACAGUCAAUCUCCAUCUUGACAUACAUUGCCUGAUGAACGUGAUUUAUCCCCAUGGUGCCCAUAUAUCGUGGAAUGAAAUUAAUAUUUAGGGCACCGCUGCUGGCAGUUAGGAGGAAUCACUCCAGAGUGAUUUGGAGACAGAGGCAGUCAGUUAAAACAGGGCGCUAAAUGCACCAGAGGCACCGGACGUGGUGUUUUUGUGAUCUUGUUUGAAAGUAAAAUGAGUCAUUCACCAUAGCUAAGUUUAUUAUAUGUCAAACAAUAUAUUGCUUUUUCCUCCAUCUCAGCAGAGGUGCUGCACUGUGGUGGCCUCCAUCAGUGAGGUGACUGAGAAGGUGCGGGGCAUCAAAAGGGUCCUGACGGA